UCAAAAUUUUCAGGUUGUAAGAUAUCAAAAUUUACAAGAAAUCGAGGUUUGUGGACAUAAAACAAAUUAUUUAAAUUUUCAAUGAUUUUCUAAGCAACUGGCAACUUAAUUACAAGUCAACAUGCUGAAACUCCUUUCAUCAUUCUCUAGAAUUUCAAUAUCGCAAAAUUUUGCAAAUAAGUUACAUACAUCAAAUCAGCUUAACUUCCAUUAUACACCAGUUCUAUUCGCUGAGCCUUUGAAGAAGAAAAAGAAGCUUGAUCCAUCGAUCAUUAAAGGACGUGAAGAUAGAAAGAGAAAGAAAUUAGAGAAGCAAAUUCGAAGAUUAGAGAAAAAUGCUCGGCAAUUGAAGCCUAUUGAGGACUUAGAGACUCCAUUUACGCUGAUUGAUGAGCAAAACAUUCGAACAAGAAAGCUACAAGAAAUUACAGAGGAUGUUAAGGAAUAUCGAGCACAACUGCUUAAGAAAUGGUCAAAAUACAAGAACGAAGAAAAUCUGAAUGAUUUUAAGCUAAUUGAUCGUAUGGCAAAUGCACAGAAAAAGGCACUUGACGAGCUUCGUUUUGAAUCCGAAGAAUUGUAUCAACAAGCUAUUCAGCCAGACAUAAGCAUGAUCCCAAUAGUCUGUGUUGGUCCUGUAAAUACACCUCCAAUAAAGGAAUAUCCAUAUAUUGAUGGUGACUAUAUAGAUAAGACAAAAAUCUUUGAAGGAGAAGUGACGGAACCGAAGUAAUGUCAUUGCUGUAAUUAAUAGAAUUUUUUUGAGGAUUUAGUGUUGGAUUUACUGGAUGUCAGCUGACCGUUAUUUUUGGAAUUGUAAAAAUAAAUUUGACUGAAAUUUUGAAUUUUUAAAAUCCGUUGAAAUUCAAAUUCUUAAAAUUCUGUUUCAGCAAUUAAAUGCUAAAUCCACAAUAAUUAACAAUAAAGUAGAUUCAAG